AGCAAACAAACCGUCGCCUCCAAUAUCUCUCUCGCUCACAUUUUCUCUGCAUUUUCACUCUCUAUAUAAACUCAACUUAUACGUAUCCUAUACGGUUUUCUAUACGUAUACGGUUAUCGGACGAUUUGAGUGAAGGUCAAAUUUCUGCAAGUUCGUCGGAUUUCCGGCGAGUCAACCGGUACCGUCGGCGUUUGUCGAAUUGGUAUUGGUUCUCUAUUAACGGCGCGUGAUUCUAGUGGAAUCGAUAUAAGUGUGCUGUGGAGGUACUUUUAGGAUUUUGGUUUGAAAAAGCUUAAUUUUUGGAAUUUUACAGUUGCGGCUGGAAAUUUAUACGUAUGCGAUAAAGAGGUCAAAAGUUUCUGCAAAUUGGUGAAAUUUCCGGCGAUUUGACUGUCACCGGCAGCGGUAGUCUGCUGCGAAUUGGAUGUCUAGUGGCGGCGCGUUAGUGAAUUUUAUGUGUGUAGUGGUGCUGUAAUAUUUCUUCGGUUUUGAAUAAAUGAAAAAGGCUUUAGGAAUUUGACACCUACGCUUCGAAUAUGAGUAUUGUAGUGGUGCUGUAAUACUUGUAGGGCUUUGAAUUAAGAAAAAGGCUAUGUUUGGGGAAUUUUAGAGUUAUGCCUCAAAGUUCGAAGCAGAAAUCGCACAAGCAGAGUAAACACAGUGCUAAGGGGAGUAGAGACUGUUCGGAUUCUGACGAGGAUAUGAAGAUGACGGAGAGGAGUAGUAAGGAGGAGAAUUCAGCAACUUCCGUUGAGAAGCGUAAAACUUCUGGUAAAGAUCUGAUUAGCUAUGGAAAUGGUGAAAGCAAAGAAAUGAAGGGAAAAAGUUUGAAAAUUGAUGCUGAGAAGGGAUUAAAAGAAAAAGAAAUGAAGAAUCUGGCUGAUUCUAAGAGUAAAUGUAGUAAAAGGCAGGAGAGUAGUAGAGAGAAGAAAGAGGAGAAUGUUGUUGCCUCAUUGGUGGAGAAAGAGGACAGUAAGAGUGGAAGGGUAGCAAAGAGGAAAUCUGAGAAGUAUUCGGCCCGGAAAGAGGGUAAGGAUUCAAGGGAAGUAAAGGAAAAAGAGAUAGGAUUAUCAGAAAAAGAGAAGAAGAGUCAAAACAGUUUGAAGAGGCAAUCAGGGGAUUCUGUUGAUGAGAAGCAGGUCAAAAGAGGUAAAGAAAAUGCUGAGUGGUCUACACAAAAUGAGUUAUAUAAUCCUGAGGUGGAGAAGGAAAGUGAGAGAAGGUCACGGAAGAGAAGAGAAGGCUCUGGUGAUCGAGACAAAUAUGUAGAUGUUUUAAACGAAAGUGAUAGUAGACGGUCGUCAUCCAGGUGUGACCGUAGUAAAGAUGAAAGGCAGAGAGAUGGAAAACAUAAAGAUGGAUAUGGAGAUAAGCAUCAGCAUGGUGGUAAAGAUGACAAGGAUAGGGAUGCUAUGUAUUUAGAGGAUGUGGACAAGUAUAGAAGACAGCAUGAUGAAAAAAGUCGGGAAUAUAGUGAUAGAGAUGGUCGACAUAGAGAGGGUAAGUACCAGGAGGAUGGUGAAAUAGAUAACAGGCACAUGCAUGAGAAGUAUCUCAAUGAUGGUGACAGAGAUAGUAGGCGCAAGAAUGAUAAGUAUCACGAAGAUGGUGAAAGAGAGAGGAGAGAUAGGGAUGAAAAGUAUCGUGAAGAUAGCGAUAAAGAUGAUAGGCAUAGGGAUGAUAAGUAUCGAGAAGAUGGAGAUAAAGAUGGCUGUCACAAUGAAGAUAUAUAUCAUGAAGAUGUUGAAAGAGAUGAUAGGCAGAGGAAUAGCAAGUACAGAGAAGCCAGUGAAAGAGAUAGUAGACGCAGGGAUGACAAGCAAGCAGAUGAAAAUGACAAAGACAAGAGACUCAGGUAUGCAAAGUACAAGGAUGAACGUGCUCCAAGAGACCGUUUAGGUGACAGGUCUGGUGCUAAGCAUCCGAGGGAUGAGAGUUAUGCUGCUGAUUUGCAGCCUAGAAAGUCAAGUAAGCAUGAAGGCAGCCCUGGUUAUGAUGAUCUAACAAGGUUUAAAGAUGACAGAGGAAGAAGAAGAACCGGUGCUAAAGAGGACAUUGGUGAUAUUAGAUCUCGAAGUAUUAAAGAACUACGAUCUGAUGCAGAGAAGAGAUCCAUGAGCAGUGCUACAGUAGACUUGGUCACUGAGAGCGGAAGAUCUAUCUCCAGGAAUGCUGAAAUAGAACUUGUUCCGAGCAACAACAGACGCUGGACUUCACCUAGUUCUGGAUCUCAUGCUACAAGGGAUUAUUACAGGUUCUCAAAGCAAGAUGGAUCUAAGCACAAGGAUUAUCCUUAUGAGGAAAGGGUUCGACAUGGCGUCACUAGAGAUUAUGCUGGUUCUGCUGGAGCAGUGGAGAAAAAUUCUUCUUCUCGGAAAACGGAGAAACUGAUGCAAAGGGAAGACAAUAUUCUCGGAGAGUCUUCAGCUGAAAGGCGUUUCAAAUCAGAUCUUUGCAGUUCUCCUUUACAGCAGGUGGAUAAAUCCCCUUCAUCAGCAAGCUAUGAUAGGAGACACUCAAGUAGAUCAGAAGUAUGGAGGACCCUUGAAGCUGAGGAAUCAACACAGAGGAGUGGUGGCUCCCGGGAUGUAAAGGAAGGCAGAGGAAGCCGUGACUUGGUUGGGAAAGCACUCGCAGGUGAUAACUUGUCCUUUAUAGAUGGAGAUAAUGUCUCUGUUUCUUCACCUUAUACUAGAAGGAGUCACUUCUCUGUCAAUUCAAAGUCUGUGUUGCCUGCUCCUCCCCCCUUUAGGUCAGGGGGUGACAGCCCUUUGAUUUUUGGCUUUUCAGAGGAUGAUGGUAGAGGGAAGUCAAACAACCACCACAGAAGAAUUAAUGAUCCUAAUAUUGGAAGAAUGCAAGGACAUGGUUGGAAGAGGGUUCCAAACUGGCCGUUGCCUGUUGCAAAUGGGUUCAUGCCUUUCCAACAUGGUCCCCCUCCUGUUGGUUUUCAUCCAAUGAUACCGCAGUUCCCUACACCACCAGUAUUUGGUGGGAGACCUUCAAUGGACUUGAGUCACCCUGGAAUUACUUACCAUAUACCAGAUGCUGACCAUUUUCCUGGCCAUGUUCGACCGAUGGGUUGGCGAACUCCAGUUGAUGGUUCAUGCGGUCCUCCAAUGCAUGGGUGGAAUGCUAACAAUGCUGUUUCUGGUGAAGAAGCUCACCUUAAUGGCAGACCAGACUGGGACCAGCCUAGGACACUGUCAAAUAGUGGUAUGAGUUGGGAGAUAAGUGAUGCGUGGAAGGGGCCACUAACAGGAAGCAGUGUGGAGCUGCCAUCUGGUUCACAGAAGGAGGACUAUUCAGUUCAGGAAGAGGAGUCAGCUCAACCAGUUCAGAGUGAGCAAAAGCAGACUGAUGCAGAUGAUCAAAGCAAUGACAUCAGUCAGUCCAGGGGUGCUCUUGGGGAGAGUACAUCUGAAAAUUUGAAGACUACUCCUGAAGAGCAACCAAUUGAGGUGAAGCCAUCGGAGAAAGACGAUUCUCUUCUUUGUCAUGUUUACCUCUCAAAGCUUGAUAUAUCUGCAGAGCUUACAGAGCCUGAGUUGUUUGAUCAAUGCAUAAGUUUAAUCGAUGUCGAUAAGAAAAUGACAUCUUAUGUUGAUGAUUCCAGAAUUUUGUUUUUGGAGGGGCAUGUAGCAGCCUCCAUAACGAUACCAAGUAAAUUUUCAAGUGGUCCACCUUUUGCUGUUAUGACUGAUUCUGUUUUUCAGAAAGCGCUGUCCCUUUACCAGGAGAGAAGAGAAGUUAAAGUCAUGAAUUGCAAGAAGUGGUCAUUUCCUGGUCAGGACGGAAAGGCUUAUCCAGGACAUAAGUUCGAGAAUUUCAGUUCAGAAUGCGGUGAAACUACGGAGCCUGCCAUGGCUGGGAACAUGCUAGAAGAAGAUGGUGAUCUGGGGGUUGUAGGUUCUUCAAAAUCAAGCUGUCCUGAGACAUCAGAGCCAAUGACCGUUGACGGAGAGGAGAAAUCUGAAUUUCGUCUUUCCACGGCGGAAAGUGUUGGGAUGGAAGGGGAAACAGUUCUGGGUGUAGCCGAGGAGGGAAAUCCCCUGUCUGCUGAAGAGGUGGAAGGAUCUUCUGAGUCUCCAACUGAGAUGUCUAAAGAUUUGAAUAGGAGCAAUGAUUCCGUGGGGAAUUUUUCUGAUGAUUUUAAGAAGGAAAAGGAGAUAGUUGAUGUUAAAUGUGAUCCUUUGCUAUUGCCCUAUGUGUCUUCUGAGGCGUUUGAGGCAGUGAUGCCAGAGUCAAUUGAGUUUGGGUCAGUAAAUUUAAGUCGGAUACAUCAUUCUCCUGAAAGUACACAUUGAGACAAUUUAUUUUGCCAUAAGUUUUUGAAAUGCCGCUCUUUCUCUUAUUAUUUGUCUGCCUGCUGCUAUUAGCUAAUAAAUGAAAUUUUUCUUGAAAA